GCGCUGAAGCCAUCUUGGGCGUUGGACCAGAACAUUGACGUAUGCCGAAAUUGAAACGCAGAAGUAGCUCAAAAUCUUCAAAACUGAACCAUCUGUGAGCUAUAAAACCAGAUUAGGAAUACUUAGUUAAUCUAGUCAUAGUGGUACGCUUGGCUUCACGGCUAGUAAUACUACCCAAACCAGUACAAAAACACGGGCCCAUAAAAUGACGAGGAGUAAGAGCGAUAGUAAAGCGGUAGAGGAUGAAGGUUGGACAUCUGCAUCAUCUGCUAAUGAGACACCGGAGAAAUCACCCUCAGAGUCACCUCGGCUCACACAGUCACAAUCCCAACCGGAUUUGAGUAGUCUUCCAAGCCAGUUGAAGCAAUUGAGUGUGCAACCUAAUGAAGCGGAAGUUGAAGAUUUACAAACUCCCAAGCCAUCGUCUAGUUAUGCUUUCAAUGCACCACCUCGGCCAUUAUCAAUCACCAGUACAACAUCCUCGAAAGCACCACCAUCAGUUUUUAAAAUGACCUCUCCUUUGGCGAGCGUGGAUACGAAAACAGUAGCACACGCAGCUGAUUCACCUCAACAUAGUCUAUCGACUACUAACCUUCAAGAUAAUCUAGCAGCAAAGUUAGGCUAUACUAGUUCCUUGGGCGCGAUAACACGACAGAAUACUAGCACACCUACAACUCAGACCGCCCCGGCGAAAUCACAUCUUGUUAUCAGUAAUUUCACACCCGCAGGUAGUCAAGAUCUGCCACCGACGCCGACAUAUUCAAAGUUAUCAUCAAAUCCUAACCUUUUAGGCUCACAUACCGCACUAAGGACAUUUUUCCAUCCUCAAAAAGACUCACUUGAACGCUGUGCUCGAAACGGUAAAUUCGACCCACCACCUAAGUGGUUCGAACCUGUUAAAAACAACCAACACCCA